ACAAGUCAGUGACGUCAGUGAUUCGAGUCAAGAUGGUACUGGAAAGUACGAUGAUAUGUGUCGACAACAGCGAUUACAUGAGGAAUGGAGAUUUUUUACCGACGCGACUUCAAGCACAACAGGAUGCCGUUAAUUUGGUUUGUCACUCCAAGGCACGCUCGAAUCCCGAGAACAACGUUGGUUUAAUAACAUUAGCCAAUGUAGAAGUAUUGGCUACUUUAACCAGCGAUGUAGGUAGAAUUCUAUCAAAGCUUCAUCAAGUACAACCAAAUGGCAAUCUAAGUUUGAUUACUGGAAUAAGAAUUGCACACCUAGCCUUGAAGCAUCGUCAAGGUAAAAAUCAUAAAAUGCGUAUCGUGGCUUUCAUCGGUAGUCCAAUAGAAAUUGAUGAAGAGGAACUUGUGAAAUUAGCAAAACGAUUGAAGAAAGAGAAAGUGAAUGUGGACAUAAUUAGCUUUGGAGAGGAAAGUGCCAAUAAUGAAGUGUUGACAGCUUUCAUUAAUGUUCUCAACUGGAAGGAUGGUACAGGCAGUCACUUGGUUACUGUUCCACCUGGGCCACACCUGUCUGAUGCAUUGAUUUCUUCUCCCAUUAUUCAAGGAGAAGAUGGAAUGGGUGGUACAGGCAUGGGAGGAGCUGCUUAUGAAUUUGGUGUCGAUCCGAACGAAGAUCCAGAGUUGGCAUUGGCAUUACGUGUUUCAAUGGAAGAACAACGGCAGCGUCAAGAAGACGAAGCACGACGUGCACAGGCAACUGAAGCUGCUACAAAUAAACAACUAGAACCAGAAACUAUUAAAGCAGUACCCAACGAAGAAGCAAUGUUGAAACGUGCUCUUGCGAUGUCGCUCGAGAGUGCAGAAGAUUCAUCUUCAGCUUCUGACAAUACUACACCGUCAAGUGGAAAUGUGCCAGAUUUUGCCCGUAUGACAGAAGAGGAGCAAAUUGCUUUUGCCAUGCAGAUGUCCAUGCAAGAUCAACAGGAGCUCGAGUCCUUGAAGGGAGACGCAAUGGAAGUCGAGGAAGACUAUGCCACUGUUAUGUCUGAUCCAGCAUUUUUGCAGUCAGUUUUAGAGAAUUUACCGGGUGUCGAUCCUCAUUCUGAAGCCGUUCGUCAAGCUGUUGGAUCUCUUCAACAAAACAAGGAUAAAGAUAAAGAGAAGGAAAAGGAGAAAGAUAAAGAUAAGGAAAAGAAAUGAAAAUUUGUGCUCCUUGAAUAUCUGACUACAUUAUGUUAAUCGCUGUAUUGUGAAUACAUCUAUGUCAAAUAUAAGUUUUCGAUUUUUCAGGA